CAGCGUCCUUCCUCUUGUCAGUUUUGAAUUUUGAAUUUUUUGAAUAAAAAAUGUCCGUUUCUGUUUGACAAACAAUUGCGUGAUUUGUAAUAAAACUGCUUGAAGUUUUAAAGUGUAGUUUUGAAAAACCGGAGCAGUCGUAUUGGCCUUUCAAAAAGAUUUAAAUGAACAAGAUGUCCAGAAUACCAAAAUUACCAAUAGCUGCAGCGAAAGAAAAUAGACCAGGCCUAUUGAAUAAUCGUCCAAUCACUCGAACAAUAGUCAAUGGACUUAGUGAUGCUGAUAAGAAGAGUUUGAUACAAAACCACACAAGACCUAUGCGUACAGGCCCUGGAGUUACAUUACCAGCACAGAGACUCAAAAGAUCGGCUACUGUGCCAUCUGCUGCACAGCCUACCAAAGUAACUAAGGUUGAAAGAAAACCUGCUACAGUAGCUCCAAAAAUUCCACCAUAUGACUACAAGGCCAGGUUUAAUGAUUUGUUAGAGAAGCACAAAGUGAUCAAAAGUGAAUUUAAUGAUUUGAAAGAUAAACAUGUUGAGGUAUCAGAUGAAUAUGAGAAGGUAAAAGAAUCUGUGCAUAGUUGCACAAGUGAAAGAGAUAUACUUAAGGAGAAAUUGCUGAACACUCUUAAUGAUUUGAGGGAAAAAACUUCAGAAUUUGAAAGAAUUAAAGUUGAUUAUGAUAUUCAAAAACAUGAGAACGAGAGUCUGCAUCGAAAAUCUCAGAUAUUGGAAGAAGUGACCAAAAGUUUGAAGAAAAAGACAGCUGAAUUGGAAGAACUGCAGACUGAUUUUAAUAAUUUGACAAGACGACAUAACAGCCUUAAGGAAGAGACCGAAGCAUUAAGGGUCCUGUCUGAACAUCUCAAGAAAGUAUCUGUGGAAUAUGACAAACUCCAACUUGAUUUUAAAGAAGCCCAGGAAGCCAUUGUGAAGUACAAAACUGAAGCAGAGGCACUCCAAAAUAUAUUGGCUUCUAUGUACAGGGAACAAAGGGACUUACGAAAUACUAUUCAGGACUUGAAGGGAAAUAUUCGUGUGUAUUGCAGAAUACGUCCACCUUUGGAGUCAGAAAUGACAAAGGCCCUUUUUAACUUGAAUGUUAUUGAUGCAUGUUCAAUAGAAGUGGAAAAAGUUGAAUUAAAUUUCAGUUCAGCACGGAAAGGAAAAUCACAGCAUGCCUUCACAUUUGAUGGUAUAUUCACACCUCAUGCUUCACAAGAGGAUGUGUUUGCUGAAGUAUCUCCUAUGGUUCAAUCUGCCUUGGAUGGUUACAAUGUUUGUAUCUUUGCAUAUGGUCAGACAGGUUCUGGCAAAACAUAUACCAUGGAAGGUGGCUGUGGAACUGAACAAUAUGGUAUUAUACCACGAGCCUUUAACAUGAUAUUCACGUCAAUGGAGGAUUUAAAAAGAAUGGGGUGGGAAUUGACUAUUCGGGCUUCUUUUCUAGAAAUAUACAAUGAAGUGAUCUAUGAUUUACUUAAUUCCAGUAAGGAUCAGGAGAGUCAUGAAAUCAAAAUGGUCAAUUCAAAAGGUAUUGAUGUUUAUGUUUCCAACUUGAAAGAAGAAGAAGUAAAGAGUUCUCACGACUUCAUCAGAUUGAUGAUAUUUGCCCAACGUAAUAGACAAACAGCUGCCACCCUCAACAACGAAAGAAGUUCCAGGUCACAUUCAGUUGCUCAAAUAAAAAUUUCGGCUAUUCAUGAAAAGCGCAAAGAGAAAUUUACAAGUCACUUGAAUUUAGUUGACUUGGCUGGUUCCGAGAGUGGGAAAACCACACAACGAAUGGAUGAAACCAAACACAUAAACAGAUCAUUAUCGGAACUAUCGAAAGUUAUUUUAUCCCUUCAGACAAACCAGUCCCACAUUCCUUAUCGAAAUUCCAAACUCACCCACCUACUGAUGCCUAGCCUUGGUGGCAACUCUAAAACCCUCAUGUUGGUCAAUGUAAACCAAUUUGAUGAAUGUUUCAAUGAGACUCUUAACUCCUUGCGGUUUGCUACGAAAGUAAAUAACUGUCGAGUAAUCAAGGCCAAAAAGAAUUUGACAAUGGUUGACACUUUAUAAUUAAGUUUAGUAUUAUGUUAAUUAUGUAUUGACAUUUGUAUGUGAAGAUGGAUGUUUGUAAGCGAAUUUAUUGAAUAAGUUCGCCUGCCUUUGUUUAAUUCUCACACGUCAUUUGCAACAGAAUACAUUUAUAAUUGUCGCAGUGUAGGAUAAUAAUAAUAAACUUGUAAACAUGACAUAGUUGGGAAAUUACAAGGUCUUGUUAUUUUAAAAGAUUUUUUAAAUAUUCUCUUGUACUAGAUUUUAAUUUAGUGACAUAUUAUUCUUAAAUUUGGAUACUGUAAUUUUGCUUGUAAUCAAUGCCCUCGUUAUUAUACAAUAAUAAUAUAAUUACUUUAAGAACUUAAAAUUAUUUGAUUUUUCAACAUUUUCAAAUACAUUUCCAAAUGUAAAUCAGAAAAAAAAUAAUGUUGUUACUAUAACUAUGUACUCUUGGAUCUUUGGCACAGUUCACACACCUGUUAUUUUCAUUUUGUGUCAUUCAAUAUUUAAUAUAACGUGAAAAAAACUAUAGAGGGCGCUCAUUAAGCAGUCAAUGUUUUUAUUUCAUAAACUAUCUAGUACCAAGAUUUUUUGUGAAAGAGUAACAAAUACAUACAAACUUUCGCAUUUAUAAUAUUAGGACUAGCAACCCGGCAUUCCAUGUGAAGGGCACGUGGUGUCACGGGUUUAUUCUGUCCAUCCCACUAGUUCCAUUGAGUUGUCUCAUGAUUUCCAUCUUCCCAGUGGGAAGAUUUUAUCGCAGUAGUCCCAUGGCCUUGCGGAAUUGACUGCUCUUUUCACCAGUCACGCAAGGGCGGCUUUUAAACUAUGUAACAAUAAUGGUACCUACCAUGUUUCAUCGUAAUUCUACCAAAAGUAUAUAUAAGUACGUGAUUAUAGAUAGGCAAUUUUUUUAAUCACAUUUUUGGGAUGUUACUAGGUAUAUAUUUUAUUCAUAUUCUUAUCGUUCU